AUGGACCUGGCACAGAGGACCCUCAAAGAGGCCAUGGACACCAGGUGGCUCAGCCAUGAUGAAGCCUGCAGUUCCCUGUACAAGACCCUCCCUGCUGUGCUGACGAGCCUUGACCAUGAAGCACCUGCCAGCAUCAAGUUACAGGCCGCUGCUGCUGCUGACCCACAAGCUGGACAGCCUCCAGUACCGCUGGGAGGGCCAGAAAAAGGGGUAGUCACAUACCCCCAUAUUCUGGUCAACAUCCCCGAACAGUUCUUCAAACAACUCACGGGGAUUUACUUCUCCGAUGAAGAACUGUUCAGGGGAAACUAUACUGGAGGUGGUGCCCAUGAAGCACUAAACCCCACCAUCCUCGGUGCCAUUCUGGCGGAGACUAACAGGCAGUACAAAGAUGAAAAGAUCAAACUGUACAGAGUGGUCACUGAGAAAUGCUGCAGGGUGAGGGCAGCCCACAAGGCACGCAAGAACAAGCCAGUUGCCCUCCCGGAUGCCAACCAACAACAAAGACAGGCUCAGCAGGACCUCAUGAUCAGCACAGUGGUUAGGGAUGCCCUGUUGUCCUUGUGA